AUGCACAAAAAGUAUUUGAUAGAACAACCCAAUUGUAUCUAGAAUAGUAAUAUAACAAUAUAAUAAACUAGAUAAACCUCCUUGACAGAAACCCUAGACAUUCUAUCCGUAUUGGUCUCAGGAAAGUACUCUAAAGAAUUUUAUUAAUAAUCAUUCAAUUUCGUAGCUGCAGUGUCACAGGCACCUGAUUUAACCCCAUCAUAAAUCGGAUUAUCCAUGUUUAUCUAUGGACAAGUUUCAUAAUACACUAAAUCCACAAAUAAGGAUGUCGAAAAGUCUUUACUUUUGAAUUUCAAAUAAAGUAUCGAUUCAUUUAGGUCGAAUGAUCUGAAGCAUUUCGCCUUUGGUUUGAUACUGGCUAGGAUUCAAAGGAAGGAUAUCUUCGAUUUAUUAGAAAAACAAAGCUUAGUGACAGAGAUGGAAUUUUAAGAUUUAAUUAGAGUUGGCACAGGAAUUGCAUUAUUUGGUAGAGGAUCACCUGAAUUUUGGAAGCUAUUGGAAGAACAAGCCAUAAAGAAUAUUCCUACAACAGAGGCUUAAAAUAUUACAAGCAUAUUUAUGUUAUAUAAACAAUUUGGACAUGGAACACAAGAGAUAUUUAAACUUUUUGAAUAGGAAUUCAUUUAGAGAUAUGACCAAUUCAACAGCCUAAUGAAGUUGCAAAUGUUUUCAAGCUUUGCUAAGAUUAGAUACCCAUCUUCUGCCAUUUUUAAACUCUUUUUCAGAGACAUCGUUGGGAUCAUUUAGAGUGUUAAUAUUACAGCAGUCUAGAUGUUGAUUUUCGAUUGUUAGAAAAUCUUCCCCCAAUUCCCAAAGCAAGUUCAACAAUUCUUUAUUAAUUUCAUCAUCAAGCAUUAUUAAAAGUUCCACCCAGUCAUAAAGUCAAAACUCUAUGAUUCAUUUUAAGAAUAAUCAUUAUUGACAGAGGAGUUAGAAGUUGCAUUAUUAAAAAAAAAAUGA